AUGGACCACUCGUCGCACGACCAUCACCACAUGAUGGACCCCUCGUCUCAUGGCGGCAUGGACCACGGGAGCGGCUCAAUGUGCAAUAUGAAUAUGCUCUUCACCUGGGACACGACCAACCUGUGCAUCGUGUUUCGCCAGUGGCACAUCACAACCAGCUUGAGCCUCAUAGUGUCGCUGGUCGCUAUCGUGCUCAUUUGUGCCGGGUACGAGGCGCUGCGCGAGGGCAUCCGGCGGUACGAGGCCAUGGUGUUCAAGAGGCUAGACACAGCGCCGCGCCAGAACCGGGAGCAGGUUACGCGGCGGGCUCAUGUCACCAAGGCUGCGCUGUACGCCAUGCAGAACUUUUACGCCUUUAUGAUCAUGCUCAUCUUCAUGACCUACAAUGGCUGGGUCAUGAUCGCGGUGUCAGUCGGCGCUGGUUUGGGAUACCUCAUCUUCGGCGAGAGCACGCCCGUCACCAAGGAGACUGCCUGCCACUGA